CCUUGUCAACCCAAAGUACAACCUCAUUCACAUGCCCACUGUUGGGAUCGACCGAAGAUCUAGUGGCCAAGUCAGGAGCUAGCUGGUAUUAAAUAGCAAGACCCUACCCCCCUCCCCACGGGGUACAACGUUCUCUCCCACGGAUCAAAACAUCGCAGAAACAGUCCUCAUGAGCGGCCACCUGAACCCGAAGGACUCGAUGAAGUCCACAUGGCGUCGGCUAGAUCACGCCGAAUGGACCAUCUUCCACUGGUUCUACGAGAUACUUGGUAUCCAUCCGGUGGCUUUGGACAAAGAGGUGCCCGUUCACGAUAAGCAAGAGAAGGUGCCCUAUAUGGCGGAAUGGCAUACGCACCGCUGGGUGCUCAUCCACUCGUUCAUUCCUAUCGCCAUCCAUCACGUCUAUACGUCUUAUACCGGUCACAAUCUAAGCCCCCUGGCUGCGUUCAUCUUUUAUAGCGCGGCUUUCAAGGUCAUCGCCAUUCAUGAAAUACACAUCCUUCGUCGAUUGGGUCAUGCGCUCGGAUUCCUCGAUGGCGACCAGCACGAGCGGGAUGGGGUGCCGGAUGUCGGCGUGCAAAAGGUCGUCCACUCACUGGUCUCAACCUCCACCUUUCGCCCUAUGUUCACCGUAUUUCUCAGCUAUCGAGCCAGCCAACCUCCUUCGACUAUGAAUUGGCUCUGGCUCCCCCUCGAAGCUGGACUCUAUGGAAUCAUCCUCGACUUCUGGUUUUAUUGGUAUCACCGGUUGAUGCAUGAGGUAAACGGUCUCUGGAAAUACCACCGGACCCACCACCUGACAAAGCACCCCAACCCACUCUUGACCCUGUACGCCGAUACCGAACAGGAGUUCUUUGAUAUUGCCGGCAUUCCGCUUAUGACCUACUUCAGCAUGAAGUUGAUGGGCUUCCCUAUGGGUUUCUACGAGUGGUGGAUCUGCCACCAGUAUGUUGUUUUCGCCGAGAUCGCGGGGCACAGCGGCCUCCGUCUGCACACCGUACCACCCAAUACCCUCUCCUGGCUCCUUCGGAUCUUCAAUGCCGAACUAAUCAUUGAAGACCAUGACAUCCACCACCGCCGGGGAUGGAAGAAGAGUGCAAACUACGGCAAACAAACCCGUCUGUGGGAUCGUGUAUUCGGCACAUGUGGAGAUCGGGUUGAAUGCUACAGGGACAACAUCGACUACGACACCCAAAUUUCUAUGCCAUUGAUUUGAUUGGACAAAUUCAGAAAGACGUGACAUUUACGGAGAAUAUGAGACACGUGGGCGGAAGAUAUCCGAGAUCAAGGGAACGGGGAGGGAUCGACCGUGUGAUUGGUUGACUCUAUCCGUGAAAUGAUGUAUUGGCGCAUAUACCCUUUUUGCUUUCAUUUACU